CUUUUAAAAUUAAUUUUAAUUAUAUAGAGAUUGUAUUUGAAGUGUUACAUCAAACCCUAAUCCGAUUUGGAGUGAAUAAAGUGUUUUAUAGUAAUAGAAAUAUGCUAAAAUUAAUCUUAAGUAGUGAUAUAUAAUUGAUAUAUAUACAUAUAUAUACGAUUCCCAGUCUAGACACCACACAAAAGGCUCCCACUAAUGGAACUUUUGUUAGCUUUAGUAUCCUCUCCCCAUACUGGAGUUGGAAUAGUGAUUGCUAUAUUUCUCUUCGUACCGUUUGCCUAUAACCUCUUCAGAAUAUUAUCCAGUUCCCAACAUGGGAAGAAACUGCAGCCACCUGAAGCCGGUGGUGCCUGGCCGGUGAUCGGUCAUCUUCAUCUACUAGGUGGGUCGGAACCACUACACAAAGUCUUAGCGGCUAUGGCAGAUGCUCAUGGACCAAUUUUCACGUUGAAAUUGGGAAUGCAUAGAGCAGUGGUUGUAAGCAAUUGGGAAAUAGCAAAAGAGUGCUUUACUACAAACGAUAGAAUAUUUGCAUCCCGCCCCAAACUAACUGCCUCAAAGCUUCUAGGUUAUAAUAAUUCCAUGUUUGGGUUCAGCGAGUAUGGUCCAUACUGGCGCCACAUGCGCAAAAUAGCCGUGCAUGGUCUCCUCGCGAGCCACUACAUGAAGCAGCAGCUUCAACUCAUCUUAGAAUCGGAGAUUCAGAGUUCAGUUGGAAAAUUAUAUGAUUUAUGGGCGAAUCACACAAAAAGAAGCGAGCAAGUGUUAUUAUUGGUGGAAAUGAAUACGUGGUUUCAAGACAUAACUCUCAACACCAUGUUUAGGAUGGUGGUUGGAAAGCGAUUCUCAACGGAUUUGGAAGGCAGUAGAAAUCAAGAUUACCGAAAGGUGUUUCGGGAUUUUGUUAAAUUCUUUGGGGACUUUGUUCCAUCGGAUUCGUUUCCAUUUUUGAGUUGGUUGGAUUUGGGAGGAUAUGAAAAGGCUAUGAAGAAGACGAGUGAGGCGUUGGAUGAGGUGUUUGAUAAUUGGAUCAGAGAGAAGAAGAAUAAUUCAGGUGGCCAUCAACUAGAUUUCAUGGACUUGAUGCUUUCCGCUGUUGAAAAGGAUGAAGAACUGUCCGACUACGAUGGAGACUCGGUAGUAAAAGCUAAUUGUUUGAGCAUGAUAUUGGCUGGAUCGGAUACAACAACAACAACAAUGAUAUGGGCUCUUUCUUUACUUCUUAACAAUGAAGAAACACUUAAGAAGGUCCAACUUGAAUUAGAAGAACAAAUUGGGAGACAGAGAAAAGUAAAAGCAGCAGAUUUAAAUGAUCUAAUAUAUCUCCAAGCCAUUGUGAAGGAAACAUUGCGUUUGUAUCCUGCAGCACCAUUGUCAGUCCCUCAUGAAUCUACAGAAGAUUGCAACAUUCUGGGCUACAAUAUCUCUGCAAGGACACGCCUAAUAGUAAAUCUUCAAAAGCUACAAAGAGAUCCACUAGUUUGGAAGGAUCCUAAUGAAUUUCAACCUGAAAGAUUUCUAACAGCUAAAAAAGACUUGGAUUUUAAAGGACAAAAUAAUCCUCAACUGAUUCCAUUUGGAAGUGGUAGAAGGGCGUGUCCUGGAAUGUCGUUUGCUCUCGAAGUUGUGCCCCUAACGCUUGCGAAUUUGAUUCAUGGGUUCGAAAUUGGGAGGCCAUCAAAGGAACUACUCAAGAUGGAGGAGAACUUUGGAUUUAUUAGUGUUAGAAAAGCUCCACUACAAGUUGUUUUAACUCCACGCUUAUCAGCACAAGAAUAGAAAUGAUUUUGCUAUUAACCUAGUAGUGAACUUAAUUAUUUUUCUUUUACUUCAAAUAUGUAGAGCUGGAGGAUUUAUAAUUGAUGGUAAAUGCCUAAACCAUUUAGCAA